UCUUUGCUCUAUAUUCGCGUGAAUUUCUCGGCAUUUCAGUAAGAUAUCAGACAGAUUUAUAGUUAGAAAUGAAAUUUUUUUCAGUUAUUCACGAACCGAAAUUUCUGUUUGUUCGUGUUCGGUUCGAACAAGCAAAAUAUUGUUCGUGUUCGUUUUAUGUUCGAUUCGAAUUGUUUGAAUCAAAAGAAAAUCGUUCGUGUUCGUGAGCAGCUCUAGUGUAAACCAACUGUAUGAAUAUUCGGAACGAGAGAAAUGAUAGAUUUUAAAUUAAAGAGAAAAGAAUUCUGUAUCAAUUAAUAGUGUUCACACAACGGAGCAAUCGAUAUUCACACUUGCCGAAGCAAAAAUAGCAUUAGCGUAUGCAAUAAAAUUCUAAGAUUUAAAUUGUUCAUGUAUUGAUCCAAAGAGAAUGAAAUGAAUGAGAUGGCAGGCAAAACUAAGGUAGUGAAUAUUCCCGCUAUUAGUGUUGGUUCAUUUUGAAGUUUGUUAUUGUAAACAAACCGCCGUUCACAAUUUCACCAUGUCAUCAAAUAUGAAUCUUUGCUUCGUUCGAUGUUACAAACUGAUGCCGGUUGCACAUUCACAUUGAUCUGAGCAUUUGGAAAGUUAUUCAUCAUGGCCCGUGGAGCCUGUGGAGCUCGCGGUGGAAGCGAUGAGAGGUUCACAACAGUGAAACUGGGUCUACGAAAGAUCAUCCAAGAACCGUAUCAGCUGAUUUUGACAACAGUGAUUGGGGAAAUGAUCAACAUGGCAACGCUACAGGCAACGCUAAUCUCACUCCUGGCAUCGCUCUAUUUUCUAUAUCUGGUUAAUACGGCGGUCGAUGAUUUCAACAACGACUUUUUCAACUCCGAUGGCGAUGAAAUCAUCAAAAUGUGCUUCCAAGGUGUGCUCCGGCAAAACUACACCAAUGAUCGAAUGUUUAUGGUCCCAGGUUUCCGGCAAAUGGUUAUCAACAUUCUCGGCGAAUGGUUUCCAUGGCCAACGAACAGAUUUUUCGGCAAUACAUUCAAAUACCUGUACGAACAAUAUGCAAAAAACGUGCAAAUCAACCUCAAAACGCAUUGCGAACAGCGUUUGAGAAAGUUCUUCAAAAUGCGUUGCUACGAAUUGAACCACAUGUGUCUGUGUGGAGAUCUCGAGUUGGACGAAUUAUUCGAUGGUGACGACAUCAAAAAUGCCAUCAACUACAUAUACAAACAAGAGAUUCAACGCGUGGCAAUGCAAAUGCCAUACGGAAAUUGGAAAUACUUUUGGCGGAGCUGUAUUGGAUUGGAGCACCUUACAGACCAGAUGAUCCACACCCAUUCAACAUCAGAGAAUUCGUUGAACUCAAUUGGUUCCAAGCAUUGCGCAUGUUCGUUAAUAUACAGCGCGAUAUUCAUAACUUUCACCUCUCGUUUGCCAAUCUACGCCAAAGUUGGAAUCUGUUCCGAAAAUAUCCGCUCUAUGUGCAACAGCCAGAAUUUCCAGAGCCGCCUGAAAUCACCACCUUCACAGUCAUUCCGAAGUGCACAUUCCAGCGCCGACACGUGAAAAUUGAUACGAAUGCAUUGUACAAUAUUUUAUGUGGCGUCAAGGCCAGAGAAGAUGGUUUUCGACCGGAUGAAUUUAAAAGAAUUGGAAGCUGGCGUUCGUAUUUCAACAUGGACGAAAUCAACAAGCUGGUCAAGAAUAAGAAGGAAUUCGGCGAUUCGAUAAUAUCAGAUGGUGUGUCAGCGUCGGUGUUCAAAUUGCCGAAACAGAGCAAAACUGUUGCUGAUGAAGAAGAGGCCGAAACCAAACGAAAAUAUUUCGCAAACGAAUUCGCGUAUGCAUUGGGAAUUGAUCCAGGCAUGCGAACCUUUAUUGCGUCGGUCCGCCUCGAUCUAAAGACCGGCGAAGAGACCAACGAGAAGAUUUCGUUCAAACAAUACCAUCAGAAAUCGAAACAAGAUGCGCGCAACAUUAAAGCAGAACGAAUGACACGGGUCUUCACGUAUGACGAACAAGCGGACCUCAAGCAUAUCGCCGCAGAGAUUGGCCAGACACCAUCGCCACGGAACAUCUCUUGGUGCCAGUACAUCGAACAUCGCUUGCGAAUGUCCCAAUAUGGUAUCGCGGCAUACAGUCAGAAAAACUAUGCACGCUUACGUUUGGACAAACACAUUGAAUGGCGUCGUGCAAUUGAUCUCAUCGCCGGUAAGCUGGUACAUUUUAAGACAGCUAUCAUCAACAUCGGAGCAGCCGAAAUUUCACCAAAUUACCCGAUCCGGAUCAGGCGUUCGCAAGCUGAUUGCAGCCUUCAAAAGACGUGGCAAUUGUUUCGUUCGGUUGGUGGAUGAAUACAUGACAUCGCAACAUUGUGCCCGAUGUUUCAAACGGUUCCCGAUAUGGACGAAGAGCAAACGAUACAAGAAGUGCAACGAUUGCCAAUCAGAUGAACGUGUUGGACUUCCGAGAACCAUCUAUACGAACGUGAGCAAACGAGUGUUACAAAUGCAACGGAAAAUCAUGCGUACAUGGGAGGAAAUGCGCGACCAAGGAUAUGCUAUUGCAGCCAUUCUAACCCAACGAAAUUCAGGACGUUUGGUGUCAAAGAAGCAACGCUUCUUCAAAUCCUGGCAACCAAAUGCUGCUGAAAACGCUGGAACAGAAGACGCUGCACAAUCACGCAAGUUGCUCAAAUCACUUUGGCAUCGGGACAUAUCAGCAGCCAAACUGAUCAUGUACAAAGGUCUUUGCACGCUGCUUGACAUUCCGAUACAUCCAGCAUUGCUGCGACGACCAGAUGACGACGGCGUUCCACUCAAUCCAUAAUUCAAAAUCCAGCGUUUAGCAUUAAAGUUUUUUUUAACAAAUAUUUUCUAAUAGUUUAUUAGAGUUCUCAAGCCUUGCACUUAGUGGGCUAUUUUAAGGUUUAUAAGGUGUCUAACUUUAUUUGCCGCAGUACAUGAGUGGUUUUAUAGACGUUAUUUGAUGAUCAGAAUGGGUUAUAUUCAUUUUCCGGUUUGACAAUGUCGCCGCAUUCUUUGGAUAUGAUUUGUUCAAUGCAUCAUAUCACGGUUAUGAAAAACACCCAAAACCAACUGUAUGAAUAUCCACUCUUUUUGAAAUAAAACAUAUAUUUCGGAAAGCAA